AUGGUCGGGGAGGGGGCGGGCCGCGGCGCCGCGCAGUGGCAGGUGGGCGACUCGCCCCCGCGCGCGCCCAUGGGCUUCGCGGCGCCGCACGAUGCCUCGCUCAGCCUCGCGCCGGUGCCGCCCGGCCAGACCGCCGCGGCCGCCGCAGCAGCGCUGCAACGGGCGCAUUCCAGGUCGAUGUCGUCGCUACCACCGGAGCCUUUCAUGAUGCUCCGGGCUAAGGCCCUGAGCAAACGGGUGAUAAUAAACGUUGGUGGUGUCAGACACGAGGUCCUUUGGCGGACAUUAGAAAGGCUACCACACACACGUCUAGGCAGACUACGGGACUGCAACACACAUGAAGCGAUCACUGAACUCUGCGAUGACUACUCCUUGCAAGAUAAUGAAUAUUUUUUUGAUAGGCAUCCGAAGAGUUUCAGUUCGAUAUUAAACUUCUAUCGAACUGGCAAGUUGCAUUUAGUGGAUGAAAUGUGCGUAUUGGCAUUUAGCGAUGACCUUGAAUAUUGGGGUGUAGACGAACUGUAUUUAGAAUCGUGUUGUCAGCACAAAUAUCAUCAGAGAAAGGAACACGUUCACGAAGAAAUGCGCAAGGAAGCGGAAAGUUUGCGCCAAAGGGAAGAGGAAGAAUUUGGGCAAGGCACUUGCGCACAAUACCAGAAAUGGUUGUGGGACUUGUUGGAGAAACCCACUACGAGUAUUGCGGCCAGGGUUAUCGCCGUCAUUUCAAUCCUCUUCAUCGUGCUGUCCACGAUAGGGCUCACUCUCAACACAAUACCUCAGAUGCAAGUCUCGGAUGAGAACGGCACCCCGAUGGACAACCCGCAGCUAGCGAUGAUCGAAGCCGUGUGUAUCACGUGGUUUACCCUCGAGUAUGUGCUACGAUUUAGUGCGUCACCGGAUAAGUGGAAAUUUUUCAAAGGUGGACUUAACGUGAUAGAUUUGCUGGCGAUAUUGCCAUACUUCGUUUCCCUAUUUCUUCUAGAAACAAACAAAAAUGCAACGGACCAAUUUCAAGACGUGCGCCGCGUUGUCCAAAUAUUUCGUAUUAUGCGAAUAUUACGUAUCCUAAAACUCGCCCGACAUUCUACCGGCCUGCAGUCUCUAGGUUUUACACUUAGGAAUUCUUAUAAGGAACUCGGACUUUUAAUGUUGUUUCUUGCGAUGGGAGUUCUCAUUUUUUCAUCACUGGCUUAUUUCGCGGAGAAAGAGGAGCCAGGGACUAAAUUCAUUUCGAUACCUGAAACAUUUUGGUGGGCCGGCAUUACUAUGACCACAGUGGGGUAUGGGGACAUCUAUCCAACUACGCCUCUGGGCAAAGUUAUCGGAUCAGUAUGCUGCAUUUGUGGCGUGCUGGUAAUUGCGUUACCCAUCCCUAUAAUCGUCAACAAUUUCGCCGAGUUUUACAAGAACCAGAUGAGGCGCGAGAAGGCGCUUAAGCGUCGCGAGGCGCUGGAGCGUGCCAAGCGCGAGGGUUCCAUUGUCUCCUUCCACCACAUAAACUUACGAGAUGCGUUUGCCAAGAGCAUGGACCUCAUCGACGUCAUCGUCGACACAGGACACAACUUGUCCCAGGCGGACGGCACAAGUCUGGAAGGUGAAGCGCCGCCCAACUCCGGCUGCUACAAGCAAUAUGAACAUGCUAUCGCCGAUAGGAUGCCACAGGCUGAUCCUCUUCAGUUUCAGAGUAGUCCUAAGACGGAUCGUCGCUUCUCGGCAGAAGGCUUGGGCUCACCGGAAAAACGCUUGCUCAUAAACCCUGAACAAACACCAGAGAAGAAGAUGGCUGAAAAACAGCUUGACUUGGAACAGCUGCCUUCAGAGUUUGAAUGUUGUUUUUGCACGUUUAAGGGUUAUAAAGAGUUCAUAGAUGCUGAACAGCUUAUGCCAAUGUCUACAUCAGAUUUGCGACAGCCAGUUUGCGUAGAAUUGGCUUGUUUGCAGAGACACCCGGCACCGCGCGCGCUACCUGAAGCAACUCCUAACAGUCUCGAUAGCCCCGAUACAUUUGCAUCAUGCCUUACGCACCCUUUUCCUUCAGAGGGCGACAUCACGUGCGAGAUCGACUCCUCAAACUUGUAUGUGAAUCCGCUGGACGCCAAUAGCUCGCCGCGUGGCUCCAGAGCCAGUUUGAGCGCGGUCGGAGCGGUCGCUAGUGCAGCGACGGCAGAGCCACUGCCGCUGUACUCCUCUCGAGCCAGCCUGGCUCAGCUAGAGGAAUCCCCCGCAGACGAUUCCAAGCCCAAACAUAGAAAAGCAAGAUUUCAGCAGGAGUGGUCGGAGGAGGAGAAGAAACCGCCUCGAGGGAUAGCGACGAGGAUAAUUAACCAUCACAUCCUAUUUGGUAAAAAUGGCAAUAAGCGCGGGAGUGGCGGCUGGCCCCUUGAGGGAGACAGGUCUCGUUCCAUACUUAAGAACAAAGAGUCCCGGGGCACAGACAGCGAGCUGCUCCUGCAGGAGACCACCUCGCUUGGAAAUAACGGUGAUUCUGGUAGCGAGUCGUCCCCUAUACGUCUCAAAGACUUCAAGGGGCACAACCAUAAAGCUGGCAUGGAGAGAAGCAACCUUGUGUCGUAG